ACUACAUUGUUUGCCUUGUCGCGUGUAGCCAACAAAUUGAAAUGGACAACACAAACAAACUGGGCUAAUAAUAAUGCUUAAAUUACACAAAUUACUUAUUGAAGUUGGGGUAGCCAGAUGGCUCUUGAUGAGAUGUGAUCAUAGCUAUGCGAAUUGUAGGCCCCAUUAUUAUCAGCUCUUUAUCAACAAUGAGUUCGUUGAUUCCGUUUCGGGCAAGACCUUUGCCACCUUCAACCCGGCCACGUCCAAGGAGAUUAUUAAGGUCUCCGAGGGAGAUAAGGCCGAUGUCGAUCUGGCUGUGAUUGCGGCCAAGAAGGCUUUCCAUCGGAAUUCGGAGUGGCGCAAGCUGAGUCCUCUCCAGCGCACUGCCCUGAUGAACAAACUCUGUGACCUGAUGGCUCGGGACAAGGACUUCCUGGCCAGCCUGGAGACCCAGGACAAUGGCAAACCCUACGCCGAAGCCCUCUUUGAUGUGACCUACUCCAUGCUGACGCUGCAGUACUAUGCCGGCUGGACCGACAAGUUCUUCGGCGACACCAUUCCCGCUGGUGGCUUCACCUCCAUGACGCGCAAGGAACCCGUGGGCGUGGUGGGUCAAAUCAUUCCCUGGAACUAUCCCCUGCUCAUGCUGGCCUGGAAGUGGGGACCCGCUUUGGCCACUGGCUGCACCAUCAUCAUGAAGCCGGCAGAGCAGACGCCCCUCACGGCCCUCCAUAUGGCGGCACUGGCCAAGGAGGCGGGAUUCCCGGCGGGUGUGAUCAAUGUGAUCAAUGGCUUUGGACCUACGGCGGGAGCUGCCAUCAGUGAGCAUCCCGAUAUUGCCAAGGUGGCCUUCACUGGGUCUGUGGACAUCGGCAGGAUCGUCAUGGCGGCGUCGGCCAAGACCAACUUGAAGAGGGUGUCCCUGGAGCUGGGUGGCAAGAGUCCUGUGGUGGUCUUCGAUGAUGCGGAUAUUGACUUCGCCGUGGACACCACCCACGAGGCUCUGUUCUCGAAUCACGGCCAGAGCUGCUGUGCCGGCAGCCGUACAUACGUCCACGAGAAGAUCUACGACCAGUUCGUGGCCAAGGCCGCCGCCAAGGCCAAGGAGCGCAAGGUGGGCAAUCCCUUCGAGGCCAACGUGCAGCAGGGUCCCCAGAUCGACGAGGAGAUGCUCACGAAGGUCCUUGGCUACAUCGAGAGUGGCCAGAAGGAGGGUGCCAAGCUGCAGGCCGGCGGCAAAAGGAUCGGCAACGUGGGCUUCUUCGUCGAGCCCACUGUCUUCUCGGAUGUGAAGGACGAUAUGCGUAUUGCCCAGGAGGAGAUCUUUGGCCCUGUUCAGUCCAUCUUCAAGUUCAGCUCUCUGGAGGAGAUGAUCGAUCGGGCCAACAAUGUGCAAUAUGGCCUGGCAGCCGGAGUUAUAACCAACGAUAUCAACAAGGCCAUGAAGUUCGCUAACAGCGUGGAUGCCGGCUCCGUGUGGAUCAACUGCUACGACGCCGUGCUGCCCUCCACGCCCUUCGGUGGCUACAAGCACUCUGGCAUUGGCCGGGAGCUGGGCAAGGACGGGCUGGACAAUUACCUGGAGACCAAGACCAUCACCAUGAAGCUGCUUUAAGAUGGGAGAUCAAAGAUUGAAGAUGUAGAUCGAAGAUUGAUUUGUUUUGUAUACACGACACUGUACUUUA